GCGCGGCACUGCGACUGCAACGCCAGCCAUGGACGCCAACGAGACGGCGCGGGCGGGCGCCAACGCGACCGCGCUGGAGGCGGCCCUCAAGGAACUGGCGCUCAGCGUGGACGAUGCCUUCCUGCUGGCCAAUGCGCUCUUCGUCUGCUUGAUGCAGUGCGGAUUCGCGUGCUUGGAGGCGGGCGCAGUGCGCUCCAAGAACGUCACCAACAUCAUCAUGAAGAACCUUAUGGACAUGUUCAUCUGCGGCCUGGCCUUCUGGCUGGUGGGGUACGCGCUGGCGUACGGGCCCGACCUGGGCGGCGUGGGGGUGGCCGGCGGCUGCCUGUGGCUCAACCACGGGGUGGGCGGCGACGGCGACCCGCACCGCUGGGCGCACUGGUUCUUCCAGUUCACCUUCGCCGCCACCGCCGCCACCAUCGUGUCGGGCGCCGUGGCCGAGCGCUGCCGCUACGAUGCCUACCUCUGCUACAGCGCGCUCAUCUCG